GGGGAAUAGGAGUUUGGCUCUGAGGCUUACUCUCACAAGUAUUCAACACAGAACAAAUGCAUGCAAAGCUAAUAAAAAUCAAGCUAAAUUGUACAUACGAGUUGCAUUGAGUCUACGAAGCAAUGUGGGAGUCUCUUAGAAUAAAUAAAGUUAAUUUAAGCACAUUCUGCUGUAAAGACUCAAACACACCAACGUUUUCAUAGCAGGAUUUUUCCAAAGUGCCUCCAGUGUGAUGCAGCACACAAUAACGCUGCUGGAUGACGUACAUCAUUUGGUCAAAAUACUCAUGUUCUUUCUCUCUCUCUUCAGGGAAAGAAGAAUCGGUGGCCACCUUCAAGGGGAACGAGUUCUUCUGUUACGAUCUGUCUAUGACUCCCAUCCAGAGCAGCACGGAUGAGAUCACGCUGUCCUUCCGAACGCUCCAGCGUAACGGCCUGAUGCUUCACACCGGGAAAUCUGCAGACUACGUCAACCUGUCUCUGAAGAGCGGAGCCGUGUGGCUCGUCAUCAACCUGGGCUCCGGCGCCUUCGAGGCGCUCGUGGAACCGGUGAACGGGAAGUUUAACGACAAUGCUUGGCACGAUGUUAAAGUCACGCGAAACCUGCGACAGCACUCAGGCAUUGGACACGCUAUGGUCACCAUCUCAGUGGACGGUAUUCUGACCACCACCGGAUACACGCAGGAGGAUUACACCAUGCUGGGCUCCGAUGACUUCUUCUACAUCGGAGGAAGCCCGAACACAGCCGAUCUGCCCGGAUCUCCGGUCAGCAACAACUUCAUGGGCUGCCUGAAAGACGUGGUGUACAAGAACAACGACUUCAAGCUGGAGCUGUCUCGUCUGGCCAUCGAGAGUGACCCUAAGAUCAGUCUGCACGGGGACCUGGUGUUCCGCUGUGAGGACGUGGCGGCCCUCGACCCCGUGACCUUCGAGACGGCCGAGUCCUACAUCGCCCUGCCGCGCUGGGACACAAAGAAGACCAGCUCCAUCUCCUUCGACUUCCGCACCACGGAGCCCAGCGGCCUGCUGCUGUUCAGCCACGGCAAACCUCAGAGCCGAGAGCAGCGGCCCGGCCGAGAGAUGAAGACGGACUACUUCGCCAUGGAGCUGCUGGACGGCUUCCUCUACCUGCUGAUGGACAUGGGCUCCGGCAGCAUCAAGCUCAAGACCAGCAACAAGAAGGUGAACGACGGAGAGUGGUGCCACGUGGACUUCCAGAGAGAGGGACGGAGAGGCUCCAUCUCCGUCAACAGCCGCUCCAUCCCCUUCAGCUCUAACGAGGGCAGUGAGAUCCUGGACCUGGACAGUGACAUGUAUCUGGGUGGUUUGCCGGAGAGCGGUCAGGGCCUGAUCCUGCCGCCCGAGGUCUGGACCGCGCUGCUCAACUACGGUUACGUGGGCUGUGUCCGUGACCUGUUCAUCGACGGCAAGAGUCGAGACGUGCGUCGUCUGGCUGAGAUCCAGAGCGCUCCGGGCGUCAGCAGCUUCUGCACGCGUGAGCUCCAGAAGAGGUGCAGCAGCGCCCCCUGUGCCAACGGAGGACAGUGCAAGGAGGGCUGGAACCGCUACAUCUGUGACUGCACUGGAACCGGAUUCCUGGGAGCCAACUGUGAGAUCGAGGCGACGGUGUUGAGCUAUGAUGGCAGCAUGUAUCUGAAGAUCCUGAUUCCCAGCACGCUGCACACAGAGGCUGAGGAUGUGUCUCUGCGCUUCAUGUCCCAGCGAGCGUACGGUCUGCUCAUGGCCACCACCUCCAAAGAGUCAGCUGACACACUGCGGCUGGAGCUGGACGGAGGACGGGUCAAACUCACGGUCAACCUCGACUGUAUCAGGAUAGACUGUAACCUCAGUAAAGGUCCAGAGAUCCUGAUGGCGGGUCAGAAACUCAAUGAUAACGAGUGGCACUCAGUUAAAGUGACCCGGCGCGGGAGGAACCUGCAGCUGUCCGUGGACAACGUUACUGUGGAAGGUCAGAUGACCGGUGAUCACACGCGUCUGGAGUUCCACAACAUCGAGACGGGCAUCAUGACGGAGCGCAGGUUCAUCUCCGUGGUGCCGUCUAACUUCAUCGGGCACCUGCAGGGCCUGACGCUCAACGGCGUGCCGUAUCUGGACCAGUGUAAGAACGGAGACAUCUCGUACUGCGAGCUGAACGCCCGCUUCGGCAUGCGCCACAUCAUCGCCGACCCCGUGACCUUCCGUAAUAGAGGCAGUUACCUGGCGCUGGCCACGCUGCAGGCGUACGCCUCCAUGCACCUGUUCUUCCAGUUCAAGACCACCAGCAGCGACGGCCUGCUGCUCUUCAACAGCGGCGACGGCAGCGACUUCAUCGUGGUGGAGCUGGUCAAAGGCUUCGUGCACUAUGUGUUUGACCUGGGGAACGGCCCGUCUCUGAUGAAGGGAAACUCAGAGAAGCCGCUCAACGACAAUCAGUGGCACAACGUGGUGGUCUCACGCGACACUAACAACGUGCACACGCUGAAGAUCGACUCUCGCACCGUGACGCAGCACUCUAACGGAGCCAGGAACCUGGACCUCAAAGGAGAGCUGUAUAUCGGUGGAGUAGCGAGGAGCAUGUACAGCAGUCUGCCGAAGCUGAUCGCGUCCCGGGACGGUUACCAGGGCUGCCUGGCCUCCGUGGACCUGAACGGCCGACUGCCAGACCUGCUCGCAGACGCCCUCCACAGAGUCGGCCAGGUGGAGCGAGGAUGUGACGGACCCAGCACCACCUGUACGGAGGACUCGUGUCAUCAUCAGGGGGUGUGUCUGCAGCAGUGGGAGGGCUUCUCGUGCGACUGCACCAUGACGUCAUACGGGGGAACACACUGCAGCGAUCAUCAACCUUUAGCUGACCUCAGCGAGAGAGAGCCAGAUCUCAUUGGCUCAUUAUCUCCUCCUGUGAUGAAAUCUGUCCUCGGAGGCAAAUCAGAUCAAAAACUCCCAUGA